UGUUUUGUAUAUCUCAGCGUAAUCACCUCCCCGAAGUUGUGUGUGAAAUUUUAUUAUUUUCCUGUUAGACGGAGAAUUUGCUUUUCCGGCAAGAUCUGUUGGGAAUAAGAAGAUGGCGGAUGAGAAGUAUAACCGGAAAAAUCCGGCGGUGAAGAGGAUUCUGCAGGAGGUUAAGGAGAUGCAAGCAAAUCCUUCUGAUGAUUUUAUGUCUCUUCCUCUUGAGGAGAAUAUAUUCGAAUGGCAAUUUGCCAUCCGUGGUCCUGGUGAUACUGAAUUUGAAGGGGGCAUUUAUCAUGGAAGAAUUCAGCUGCCUGCAGAUUACCCUUUCAAACCUCCUUCAUUCAUGUUAUUGACUCCUAAUGGUCGGUUUGAAACCAAUACCAAGAUUUGCUUGAGCAUUUCAAAUUACCACCCCGAGCAUUGGCAACCUUCUUGGAGUGUUCGGACUGCUUUGGUGGCUCUCAUUGCUUUCAUGCCCACAAGUCCCAAUGGAGCACUGGGCUCGGUAGAUUAUCCAAAGGAGGAGAGGCGUACACUAGCCAUCAAAUCACGUGAGGCACCACCCAAGUAUGGCUCUCCUGAACGGCAAAAAAUUAUUGAUGAGAUUCAUCACUACAUCCUUGACAAAGCAACCGCGGUUCACAAAGCUGUUCCUCUGGAAUGUAACCAAACACAGUCGACUGAAUCAGUAGCUCAGUCCCAAACUGAGCCACAGGAAGCCAUAACAGUAGUGGAGGAGCGGUCCAUCUCUACAACAGACGCUAUAGUUGAUGAUCAAAUCAUAGAAGAGACAACUGAAGCAGUCAAUGCAGCUGCAGCAGCUAAUGUGGUCCCUGCAGCAUCAACAGCGGUUGAAGUUGAAGAUAAAGUUUCUGUAAGUGGUGAGCAAACAACGAUGGCCAGAAGAGCGGCUCAGAAGCCAGUCGAUGACAGACUUUUCACGUGGGCGGCGGUUGGGCUCACAAUCGCAAUCGUGGUUCUUCUCCUUAAGAAGUUCAUAAGAUCAAGUGGUUAUGGUGCUGGGUUUAUGGAUCAGUCUUGAAGUCUAAUGAAUAUCGUCGAUCCUAAAGGUUAAAAGUCAAAGUUGAUCGAUGGAUGGAAAACAUGAAAAGUCAAUCCUGCUUAUGGGAAAAGGGGGUUGUGGUGUUUAAUGUAUAAAUAUGAUUAAAGUGCAUAACAUUAUUGGGUAAAUAAUUAUGUGUGAAAUUGUCUUGCAGUUUAGUUGAUAGAUUCGAUUAUCACACUUGUGACAACAAAGUUAACAACAAUAUGUGUUUUGGAUUUGGAUACUGACUAUUUUUUUUAUUAAUACAGCAAGCUUUUUAUUAUUGAAAU